AUUGUUACUUGCUUGUUUAUUUUUCUGUCGGAUACAUUUACUUUGAUUGCCUUGACAUUUCCUACCAUUUACCAAUGCCAAAUAAAUGGUCAAACAACAUUUCAAUUUGUUCUUAUUAUUGAUAUGGCCUGUAACAACCAACAAACUGGGCAUAAAAACUGCUUAACCGCUGCAAGGCAUAGUCUCUAGACAAAUUAUAUCUGGUAUUUUCUGAUUGUGCAUUGAGCAGCUAUGGCAACGACUCCAACGGCGUCCUCGGAGCCUCAGCUGACGCUACCCAGCCUGCCACAGCAGCAGAGCAGCUGGACCGACGACCUGCCCGUCUGCAACAUCUCUGGUGUCGGUUAUGAGACAAACAAGGCGUAUCGACGCGACGGAUACCGCACCCAACAGCAUUCCCAGGAGGACUACAGCUUUCACUUCGAGCUCGACAAGGACCUGUGUCUGUACGGCGUGUUCGACGGGCACGACAGCUGCCGCGCGGCGCACUUUGCCCACCAGAGGAUGCCUGCGGAGCUGAGUUUCGGCCAGCUGACUCGCCGCGGCGGCUCGGACGAGAGUGUGAGGGAGGCUCUGCAGCAGGCGUUUCUGGCCGUGGAGAAGGGAUUCUUCGAGAUGAUUGACGAGUCGCUGGCACAGCGGGCCAUGCUGCUCUCCGAGAUCCCCGAGGGUCUGACCGAGUUCGAGGCGAACCGCGACCACCCGGCGGCCAUGCAGCAGCUGGCGCAGCUGGACCAGGCCAUCAGCGGCGGUACCACGGCCGUCAUCGUGGUCGUCCACCAGAACCGGCUGUACGUGGCCAACGUCGGCGACUCGCGCGCACUGCUCUGCAAGACCGACGAGAACGGAAUACUGAAGGUGCUGCAGCUGACCACCGACCAUACGCUGACUAAUGAGGACGAGCUGCUCCGGCUGCAGCAGCUCGGCAUGGACGUGACGCCGCUGCGACAGGGCGAGAAGCUGGCCGGCCAGGAGGUGACCCGCUGCCUGGGCAACUACCGACUCAAGGCCGGCUACCGGGAGGACGAGCGUCUGCGCGCCUGCUGCGCCGAGCCGGCGCUGGCCGAGCCGGACAUGGUGUCGGUGCAGCUGGACGAGUCGUGCCGGUUCCUGCUGCUGCUGUCGCGCGGCCUGUACCGCGCCCUGGAGGAGGUGCGCGACGAGCCGCAGGUCAACAAGGAGGUGGCCCAGCUGGUGGUCGAGGAGUUCGCCAAGUCGACCACGCUGGAGGGCGUGGCGCAGACGGUGGUGAACCGGGUGGCGCGCGACCACCAGGACUGCUUCAUCAACUCGGGCAACACGCGCUGCCAGCGCUGCGAGGACAUGACGCUGCUGGUGCGCAACUUCAGCUACCCGCUGCGGCCGGCGGCCGGCGGCGGCGGCGGCGGCGCGGCCUCUGUGGCGGCCGAGUCGGCCACCAGUACCACCAGCGGUACCGUGGCCGGCCGCUCCACCACCAACUCGAGCAGCACCAACUCGUCCGAGCCCGUCACCAACCCGUACUCGUUCUCGCUGGACGCCGACCAGCGCAUCAAGCCGUACGUCUCGUUUGACGCCUACAGAGAGAACCUGGCGCGCGCGCGCGAACAGGGACAGUUCACCGACGACACGUGGUGGAAGCGGCUACUAAAUAUGUAGGUGCGGCGCGGGUGCUGCCGUCUCGGACACGUAGACACCGGCUGUUCCGCCGGGAGCUGGACGGGCUCGCUGGACAGGAGCCGCUCGGAGAGUCUGUGAUACUUGGCGCAGUGGUUCUGACGGCGGCCGGUGCCGGACUGACCGCCCUCGGUGCUCUGCUGAACAGUCUCGCCGCGUAUUGCCGUGUGGCACGGAGGGCCAGCGGUCGUGUCAGAGUGCGCAGUGGGGUGCUCCGUCGCGGAGCUGGGCUGAGUGCGGCAGGGUCGGCUCUGGAGGCUAGGUGCAUGGGGCCGGCCGUUCGGUGAUGCGGUGUUUGAGCGGCGCAGCCGCAUUUAUCUCUGAGUACCUAUUGCUCGAUGUGUAUGGGAUGAGUCAUGCUGCUUUUGCAACCUAGCGUGUUGAUGAAAUGCUAAUUUUACUACGACUGUUUUGUCGUGUGUGAUAUAUGUACUACUUCGUGUGGCCUCGUCCUUAUCGUAAUUUGGCUCAACACACUUUUGGUCAGGUGACAUUGUGAGGAAAAUGUUGAUUAUUUUAAGAACUUUUUUUCUGGAUGCUUCGUUGUCAUCUGAAGCUUAAUAUAUGAAUAGCUAGUUUGUGUUACAGGUCUGGUAAGCUGGACUGUUACGCGUUGUUGCUUGACUGAUUGUAAUGCUGUGUGCUGACACUCCGGCAUAAUGUUUUUUUCCGACACUAUUUUAAACGACUUCUCUUGACGUUUCUUAUUGGUGCUACUUUGAUUUGUUUCGCUAAAACGCAAUUUCGCAAUGACAUUAUGGUCCCUUUUUCGUUACUGUGUUCGAUCCUUUGUUGUGAUGAAUAAUAAUUGUUUUGUAAGAA